AUGAUUGUUGCUGGACCUCAUAAUCUCUACACCCUUGCAGAGGGUGCUCCCCUCCCCAGAAACGAUACUAGCGUCCAAGUCCGCAACAAGCUGGGCGGCGGUCUCGUCCUUCUCCAAGAUACCCAAUUGAUUGAGACCCUUGCCCACUUCUCGCGCGAGCGAAUCCCCGAAAGAGUCGUCCAUGCCAAAGCAGCCGGCGCCCGAGGUUAUUUCCAAGUCACCCACGACAUCUCCGACAUCACUGAUGCAGAUUUUCUCAAUGGCAUUGGCAAGAAGACAGAGGUCUUGACUCGAAUCUCGACCGUCGGUCCCGAAGCUGGUUCCGCCGACACCAUUCGUGACUUCCAUGGCUGGGCUAUCAAGUUCAAGACUGCCGAAGGAAACCAUGACUGGGUCUUCAACAACCAGCCCGUCUUCUUCGUCCGAGACCCCAUCAAAUUCCCCUCCCUCAACCGUUCCCACAAGAGACAUCCUGCUACACACACUUCCGACGCAGACAUGUUCUGGGACUUCCACGUCGGGGCCCCUGAAACUGUACAUGCUUUGAUGUUCCUCUUCAGCGACCGGGGUACUCCCGCGUCUUUGCGCGCCAUCAACGGAUACAGUGGCCACACUUACAAGUUUACCAAGAAGGAUGGCUCCUUCCACUAUGUCAGAAUCCACAUCCACGCUGACGGCGGCGUCAAGAACCUGACGAACCAAGAGGCUGUCAGACUUGCCGGCGAGAGCCCCGACCAUUUGACCAAUGACCUGUUCAACGAGAUCGAGAAGGGCAACUAUCCCUCUUACACAGUGUCCAUUCAGACUAUCCACCCUGCCGAUGCGGCCUUGUGCCCGGUCAACAUCUUCGAUAUGACCAAGGUGUGGCCUCAUGAGCAAUACCCCCUCCGGCCCGUCGGCAAACUUGUCUUUGACACCAAUCCUACCAACUACUUCGCCGAGAUUGAGCAGGCCGCCUUCUCGCCAUCCAAUCUGGUCCCCGGUAUCGAGCCUAGUGCCGAUCCUAUGCUACAGGCUCGGAUGUUCGCAUAUCCCGACGCUGCCCGCUACCGACUGGGCGUCAAUUAUCAAAUGCUGCCCACCAACGCCGCCAAGGUGCCCAUCUACAUCCCCACCGAGCGGGAUGGCUUCAUGAACUUCACCACCAACUACGGCCCCGACCCGAACUACCUGAACAGCUCCAUCCAUCCCACGGGCUUCCACACCACCGGCGUUUCCGAAUACAAACCGACCGAGGAGUCGCUGAGUGGACCUGUCGUAUUUACCUCCGAAGUGACCGACGAGGACUUCAAGCAGCCGCGCGCCCUGUGGAACAAGGUCAUGGCCAAGGAGGAGGGCGCGCAGGAAGCCUUCAUCGCCAACAUCGCCGGCCACAUUGCUGGUGUCAAGAGGGACUGGUUGCGCGAAAAGGUCUUUGAUCUCUUCCGCCGCGUAGAUGAGUCGCUAGGCAAUCGCAUCGAGGAGGCUGUCAACAAGAUUGUCAAAGCAUGA